AUGGCAUUCCAGGCACUGCGAACCAUCAACCGCCGAGCCGCGACCUCGCUGAGAGCUCCGACCACGACCCGCACCUUUGCCUACACGGCCACCACACGCUUCCCCUACAAGGACAGCCAAGACCGCAACUCGCUGAACCCCGGCAGCACGGAGGCCACCAAGUCGGGCCGCGACCAGGACGCCGCCAAGGACUCGCAGGCGUUCGACCCCUCCAGGACCCGUCCCGAGGAGGAGCGCGCAGCAGGCGGGGAGGAGCUCGAGUCGUCGGGCGCGAACCAGAAACAGUCGAAGCCGCAGGGCACCAACCCGGACAAGAAGGGCGCGGGCAAGGAGGUUAAGAAGGGCGGGAAGAGCAAGGGGGGGAGCGCGCCCAAGGCCGGCAGUCUUUGA